UCCACCAUCACACACACUCCACCCGGCCCGACCACCACCACCCCACCUGGCAGUUCACCACUCCACCCCGGCAGACCGCCACCACCGCCACUCCACCGUCACACACACUCCACCCGGACCAACCCCUCUCCACCCCCGCCAUACCACACAGCACAACUCUAUCACGCGUUAUCACAAUACAAUUAAUAUGUGUACGUCAGAAAGUAAUUAUUUAAAAAAUAUUCGUGUAUAAUGUUCGGCUGUCCACCCCCCCACUACCUCGGCAGACCACCCUACCCCGUAUAGCUGUAACCCCGACUGAAACACGCGCAAUCUUCAGUCGCAGUUUUCCUUUCAUAGUGACAAGUUGUAACACAGUGUAUAAAAAUGGCUUCAAGCAGUGAACGGGUAUACAAAUAUAUUGCGCCUGAACCACCGGCCGAACUCAUCGACUGUACCAACUACACAAUCGAUUUUGUAAACCGCAAGUUUUUACAAGUCGGCAUCGAUCCUACACAUGAGUUCAAUGUCUCUGUACGUAUAAUUACUCCGUCGCGUUUUGUAAACAUUUCCGUGGACUUUUUGAAACGUAUAUAUUCAUUGAUGGGGCAUAUUCUAUCACAUAUACUGGAUACUACAGUAAAAUACAAAAGAUUUAUUUUUCUGGAGAACGAAUUUGUUUUGCUUACGUCUAUGAUAUAUAGAGGGGAGUGUAUGUUGGUGAUAGAAUCAAAAGUUGAACAUGGAUGUAGAAUUUUAUUAAGUCCGAAAGAACUAAUGGCAAUUCAAAACAUGGAGUGGACUAUUUUCGAAACCGUAAGCAGAAAAACGAUGGUCGUACGGCCAAUGAUUCUAUUACAACUUGAUCAGAUAACGGAAUAUUUUAAAAAUGAUUAUAAUAUUGAAAAAGACGCGACACUCGAAGAAUUUGUAGCAAUAAUCAAAGGAAUUCAAAUUGAAUUAAUAUCUAAACAUGUACCGAAGAACAAAUAUAGUUUUAUAAAUCAGAUAAAACUGCUUGCAACUGACCAACUAGCAAUCGGAUGGAUGGAGAAACUUAAUAAAUCAUUAAAAGGUGUCGAAGAAAAUUACGGUCCGGAAGAUUUCUUCUCGCCUCCGUUUACUCAGAGUUGUAUGUCUCGGCCAUGCAAACAGUCAAAGAAGACGGUGAACGAUGAAUACGAUGGACCCGCCCCAGCCAGAGACGAAACAAAAAAUUUAAAAGAUUUUUUCGAGACAUAUGAUUCAACGAUGACUCCAAUAGAAGCCGACAAUAUAGCAGACGAAAACAAUUGUUUUUCUCAAUAUUUGUUUUGA